CUGGACUUCUGUUCGCUCGCUGCCAUCAGCAGCGUCGGGUACACCUAGCCAUUAUCAAAACGUCCACCAAGCAGCACUCCCGCAAUCGCAUAUUCGGUGCUACUCGGCAAGCCAAGACGGCCAAGAGCGUCAACAAUCUCGGCACACGGUGGAGGGCACGACGCUGCAGUGCAACUGUUCUGUGGAUAAGACGUACGCUGUUGUUGCUUUCGACCACCAUCAUCAUCCACCCCACGAAACAUGAGUCUCUUCGCGUCCCGCCCGCCCUCGGGCAUCGACUCCCGUCUCUCGUCAGCCUUCUCGAGCCCCCGCGUCUCUCUCUCCCGCCAGGUAUCGGCGGCGUCGGACGGUUCGAGCAACGCUGGGCCGUCGCGCAUCGCGACUCUCCGCGCGGGCAACGCCCAGACCCGGCUGGAGCGGCGGCGCGCAGUGCCAGACUACAUGAACCAGUCUGUGACAAUCACUCCCAAACUGUCCACGCUCACGACCACCAAGGCGCUUGUCGCUGCCCUCGACCUCGACGUGUGCCUGCGCGACCCAGCCUACGCAUACAAGUUCACCAAGGCCUACGUCGAGAACAAGAGCAAGCGGCGCGGCGCGGCCGUGCUAGCUGACAAGCUCGAGGCAGUCGAACGAGCGCGCCCAGAGCACGCCGACGCGCUCCACGCAGUAAGGAUAGCCUUCAACCUGCCCCCAUCGCGCGUCCUGCCGCCGCCCUCCGAGCUCGCGACACUGCUACAGCACUCGGCGCCGACAGCCCGCGGCGAGGUGACGGAGACGCGCGGCGCGCGCGUCGAAGCACUCAUGGGCGCGCCCGUCGCCGUCACCCGUCCCCUCGGCGCAGACGACCUCGACGUCGACGGGCAGGCCGGCCUGCCGGCGUACGCGAAGGACGACCCUGAGCCCGAGGCGACAAGGCUGCUCGACCUACGUCUGCGCGCCAUCGCAGCGGGGGGUGCCGCAGCCGGCGUCGGUGUAGACCUAGAAGAAGGAGAAUCACAAGACUACAGGGACGACGCGCCGCCACCGCCGCCACCACCCCCACCGUCGCCUGGCUUCGUACCCCGCGCCUUUCCUGCCGCCGAGGCCGCGGCGAUUGACCCGCUGCGAUGCUAG